AUGCCUGGCGUUUUAUCCCAGAUGUGGCACGCGUUCCCCCACUCCCGCCGCAUACAGACAUGCAUAUCUGGAGACCAUCGACUUGCAAUGGUUGGCAUUGCAAGAACAAAAGCAUGUAAGAACUGCAAACGCCGGAGAGUGAAGCGGUAUUACUGUCAGUGUGACGAGAAUUGGCCGACAUGUUCACAAUGCAGGCGAUCUAAAACCACCUGCCCAGGCCCAACGACAACGAGGAUCAGGUUCGUGAGCCACAAUGGUCCUGAGUCAGCAAAGCAGAUUGGCACCUCGGAGCAGGAGCCCUCGUCCACCACUGCCAAGCCCGAGCAGGCAGUGAGAAAGAGUGCAAUCAAGAGAUUCGUCAUGGUCAACCCAUCACCUCGGACACCGCCAGUCGCUCCCGUCGAUCACCUGUCGUCUUGUCUAGCCACCUUACUGGAAUAUGGCCCGGAGGGCUGCACUUUUCUUCAAAAGAGCCCAAUCCGCUACAUCCCCCGGCGCUUAUCGCAAAGCAGCCCUGUUGUGGUGCACAUGAUCUCAUUGUUCUGCUCUGUUUGGACUGAUCACUGCCACCAACAGCCACCGAGCCAGGUCACGUCCCGACGCUACGACAUUGCGCUUCGGGGCUUACAGAAUGCCCUUCAGAAACUGCCCAAGGGACGGGCAGAUAGGGCUCAGAUGAUCGACACGCUGACUGCAAUAACGCUGUUGCAGAAAACGCAGCCGUUAUUGAGUAGAGAAGCUAAUCCCAGUUGGGGAGUGCAUGCUGUGGCCAUCAAGCAUAUGAUGAUUCAGAUGGGACCGCCGGAACGAGAUGACUCAUUUGAGGCAGCGUUGGUUAAGGAAAAUCGUUCUCUCCUGAUACGGAAUAGACUGGCCGGAGGCCCUGAAGUGGACUUCUUGAAUGAGUCUCCCUGGAAAGAGGCCAUGGUCCGGCUUGGAACAGAGGAUUGGCUCGUUGAUGAACUGGAGCCUUUUGGUUCCGAGGAUUGCUUUCAGCUCGAGCUCCGGACACCGAGAAUGCAGGAUUGGGUAGACUUCACUGCUCGCAUCCGCGCUGAAGGCCCAUACACUGAGGAGAUGAAAGUCUUGUCCACCAUCGUAAUCAAUGAGAUGCUAGAACAUGCUGAACUAUUGCGCCGUACAAUCGGAGUUACCACCAAAGCGCUCCUGUCGCAUAAGACCAUGGUUGUCAAAACGGACCUCAGCGAGUCGGUUGCUUUCAUGCGCAAGAGCUACUCUUUCACGCACGCCUCGGCUGCGGCGAUGUUUUGUAACCUCGUUUCUAUCCAAGUCAUCGUGCUUCGGUCGUUGUAUGAGUUCAGCGUCAUGUACGACGAGGUGCCCGACGAGUCACUUUAUGCGGAGUACCGAGAUGUCUGUGUCCAUAUUUGGAUGGUUAUCCCAUACAUCCACGCGCUGAAACCUGUAACUGGCCUAGCAAUGCUUGGGACGAUUUCCGUGACAUUCGAGGCCGCCGUUGGUGAAGAGAAGGAGAAGGUGAUUGAUGUUGUGAACCACCUUGACAGCUACUUGUUGCGGUUUAACAAGCACAGGGCGAUGAUAGCGGAGUUUUUAUUACAUGUUUGCAAAGCUGUGACAGGAAGAGUCCCCGUUCAUGGGCACCUAUCAUGGAUUACUACAUGA